GUAAGUUCGAACACUUUGAAAUUGAUUAGUGGAUAAACACUACGUUCGUGUUCACAUACCAAGCGGCUUGGUAUCCGGCCACGUGACUUUCAUCUGUGGGAGGAUAAACCGGGAACUGAUGAUGUUGAGCCCAGCUGAUCGUCUCGGUUCUAUUGUUUGUUGCAUCUAUUACGACAAGCUCUGUUAGAUACGGUACUUCUCCGUCUAUUGCCGGUGAAGGGCUUCCCGCAAGUUGGGCGUAGGAGGCCGUCUUAGUAUAAAGAACCGUCGCCGAGCAACAGGUUGUAGAACGUCGCUUCGCACUCACAGCGGGUGUCACGUUAAGGUAGAGUUAAGCUGUAUCCCAUCUCCAGAGGAGCACCGAUGCACGAAAACAGUCAUCAACUUUAUCUGUUCGGAGAAGUUCAGAACAUUAACUAAUAGAUUAAAAUCAAGUCCUCAGAAGUACUCGCAGACGUAGAAUUUUCCUCAGCAGCAAACAAGAUCUUACUGGUUCUUUCUUAGUUCACUUGUACUAGAAUAUAGAAUGUUUACGACGGAAUAGGGAAAUUUUCUAUCUGGGAAAUCUCUUGAAGCUUAACCUUGAAUCGUCAGAUUAUUUUCGUCACUUGGUCAGCCUCUGCAUGGAUGAUGACCUGAGUCCGAGUAUAGUAUGGCUGAACAAGGCCUAACAAUGACCAGUGGUACUGAAAAAGAUGGUAAGAAAUUGGUUGACGUUGCAAACACUCGCAAAAGGAAACGUUUAAGUGCCGUUGUGGAUAAACUUGCUACGCAAAUUGAGAAAAGGAGUGUUGAAGGUGUUCCUGAAGAGGUAACUUUAAGCAGUCAAGAAGGAACUAUUGAAGAAGAGGAAUCGCAUCUGGAUAAACCCGGUGUGGUAUCUACUAGGCAUAUCAAAGUUCCCAAAACUCCCCAGAAACAACUUUCUAUUGAUUCUGAUAUCAGCAUAACUGUACAAACAAAACUUGACCUUGAAGAGAUAAAAGAAUCCUCAUCUGAAUAUAAAGAUCCAGUAGUAGUUGAAAUGCCUCCAACAACUGAACACGUAUUCGAAUCGACAUCACUAGAGACUCAUUCUCGCCAGAGAUCACCGCGAUCACCAUUAUUUCGUGUACCAACGCCGGCCUUUUCAGAUAUGUCAAGUCCUGUGGACAGUUCGCAUUAUCAUGACUCUGGUAAGAAACCAACGUUUCAGCGCAUUUCUGAAGAAACGGAGUUAGGAGGAAAGAACUGGGAGAAAUCAUCUCCGGGAUUCUUUACGCCUCCUGCUUCAGGAGGCAGUCGAGAGGACAGCGAAUCCCAUUCCACAGAACAGGAACUUCCUCCUAGUCCAGGCCCUGAUGGAGAAGGAAGUGACGAUCCAUUUCUUGGUGACACACUUUCCACUUUCAGUCAUGAAGAAAAACAAUUUAUUUCACCGUAUCUACACCAUCCCACCCCCAUCACCAUGCCACUUGAUAUGGGGAAUGGUUCCAUUCGGCCGAAGGAACCAUUAGUCGAAAAUCCCGUACCUACGUUUCCAAUCUGUAAUUGCCAUCACUGUAGAACAUUGGCUGGACGUACCAGUGGAAGGUUUGGACAUACUUUGUCGCUGGGCGCGUCCUGGGAGGAAAUAGGCCACCCUAAGGCACUAUUUGAAACAAUGAAAAUGCUGCCCAGCUCUCCCAUUUCACCUUUGACCCCCGUGUCACCAUUUACGCCUGGCUACGAAACGUUUUUCCAGCAAAAAUUCGUACCGGAACUUUACCGCCAACGGAGCCAUUCGGACAGUGAUAUCCAGCAGUGGUUGGAAGGAAGCUCAGAACCACAACAGACAGUCGUGACACCGCAGCCACACCUUCAAGAAGCAGUACACGGAACUGUUAUACGACAUGGACGUCUGGUUCCGAAACCCUUAAGGAUACCAAGCGUACAGAAAGGAGGGAGCUUGGAAUCAGAUCAGUCAACCCCUCAGGACUCUCCGUUAGACUUGUCAAUGAAAACACACAGUUCAAGGCGUCUUAUGGUAGCACCUGUGAGUGUCAUACCGGAUACAACACAAUGCGCGAGUGUGUCUCCUGGCAAUUUCACUAAAGAGCACUCGUUUUCCUUGUUUGACCUUGCUCGUCCAGUUAGUGCUGGAUUAACAACACGAGGGUUUUUAAUUCCAAAGUCAGACAUGGGACACUUUGGAACGCACCCAUCUUCAGUUAUUACAGAAAGUUCGAUGUUAAGACAAGAUAACCCCAUAGUAAGAUAUAAUUUAGAGGUAGAAGGAGCCACUGGUCCCGAAGUUGCGUAUGUGUGUCCUAUUUGUGGACAGAUGUUUUCGUUGCACGACAGGCUAGCCAAGCAUAUGGCAUCAAGACAUCGAAGUCGGCAGAGUGAUGCUGCCGCAAAAACCUACGCGUGCGAAGUUUGCAAGCGCUGUUUCGCUCGAAGUGACAUGCUUACUCGUCACAUGCGUUUACAUACAGGAGUGAAACCUUACACUUGUAGAGUUUGUGGUCAAGUCUUUAGCAGAAGUGACCAUUUGAGUACGCACCAACGCACCCACACCGGAGAGAAACCGUACAAAUGUCCACAAUGUCCCUACGCUGCCUGUCGAAGGGACAUGAUUACGCGCCACAUGAGAACGCAUGCGCGCUACGAACUCCCAGACAGUAGCUCUAGUUUUGAAGAUGUCAAUGAAUCUCCUCGAGAAAAAUCGCCGAGAGAGAAAGUGAUUGGUUUGCCACCAGGGAGAGAAGAGUUUGAGCCGUCUUCACCAACACAGAAGAUGAGUGCCUUGAGUGUUAAGAGUCCAGCAACGCCCUCAAGUGGGUCCCCCGGAAAAGAAUGAGUUUAAAUUAUAUUACUAGGUACGUUAAAUUGUUGAAUUGCUGAUGAUAAGAUACAACUGGAUGUGCAUCAUUCGUCAUUUCCUGGGAAGGGAGACGCCUAUCACGUGAUUUCCGGUGUAUAAGCCACUUUUUUCUUUUGUUUUUUUUUCCUACAUGAAUUCUAGGCAAGAUUUGAUCCUCAAGAGAUAACAGAAUGUCUAAUGUUUGACGGCCUGAAUAGAAAACAACCUUGUAAAAGUGCACAUAAAUAUUAACGACAUUGUUCUACUAGUAACAGAGAGCUGAGUGAAACGAAACUGAUGAUUAGCAUUACUUUGGCUUGUAGUCUUUGAUAAGAAUGAAAAGUUUACCACAGAUUAGCCAGUCUUUUUUGCCAUUUUGCGUGUAAUGUUUCAUUCACUUUGGAUCACCCUUUUCGUUAAAACUAACAAUUGAGCUAAUUUCAACAAUUUGUCGAUCUGGAUUUCUUCUCUAUAACCGAAAAUCUUUUAAGCAUGUGAUGUAAACUGAUAGUAAACUGUCUAUCUAUAUGUCUUUUUUUUUCACUUAAUCUAAAAAAAACCAGAAACGCGAGAUUUUUCUCUGUAACACACGUCUAAUUUGAGUUUGUAAUCUGUAUAUCCACAUUUUUAAAUGAAUCUGAUACUUAAUCAUUAGUUUUAAACAAAAACUGAAAAAAGAAAAAACUUAUAAUGUUGAGGUCUGUAGAAUAUUUGAAUUUUCUUACAUCGUUUGUUGAUUGCACUAUUUAUUUUCUUAAAGUUAUUAAUAAAAUUGUACGAAACUCUAGUAUAUAAUUAGUUUUAAACAUAAUACAUUUGGCUGUUUGCAAUAGCAGAAAAUUUAACGCGUUAAACUAACAAUAUGCAUAUUUUCUGAAGGAAAUGUUUUGUUUUUUAAGAUGUAAGAAAUUAAAAACUUCACUGAUUAUAAAUAGAGGUGUUUGUGCAGAAAACAAAUUUAUGUUUAAAUAUGUUAGAUACACAUGCUUUUAAAUCAGAGAUGGACACGCGAUGCCGCAAGUGACAGACGAGGCAAACACAUGGCUGUCCUUUAAAAGUUAUCACUUUUGGAGCCUAACGAAAAGUCUGUUUCGAAUUUCCGCACAUGCACGGAAUAUUAUGAAAAUACAUGUCGUAUUAUUAAUUGUUUUAUUUAAAUUGCAAUACCUUAUAAUUGCUUGAACUUCACUUCCCCAUUUGGGGCGUUUUUUUUUUUCUGGUUAAUCGCCUCCUUACUCGAAAUUCAGAACCUAAAAUUGAUACAAUUGCUAAAACGAUUGGCCACUCCUGGUUCAAAUAACAGACUGUUUAAUAGACGUUUUUGAUCAUGAUUUGCUCAGUUGUUUUGAGUUUAUUCAUUUGUGAUUUUUGUCAUAAUACGUUUUACAGAUUGCUUUUGUUGGGGCAAAACUGUAAAAGAAAAUAGUUUUUUUUUUUUCGUGCCAAACACUUUGUUUUAGUGCGGUAUAAGUUUAUUUUACUUUAUCUGUAUAUUCGUAUUUUCUCCCCAGUGAGGGAUUGUAAGAUAUAAAAGGUGAUAAAUUAUGCUCAAGUUCUGUACAGUCGGAGUUUAUUGUCGACACUAAAGGGAAGACGAAUGCUCAUUUGUUUUGUUUUUUAAUCAUUUUAUUGUCAUUUCUAUGUAGGGAUAUGAUCUUCGAGCAUCAAAUAUGAAAUGUUAAAGCGGCAAAAACCAAUGUUCUUAAGCCUAUUUCUUUCUGUUUAAAACGUUGUGUUCGCUAAGGAUGAAGAAAGAUAAAAUGGAGGGAAAGAGUUGUUAGUACAGAGCUACUGAAUGGGCUAUUUGUACUUUGUCCACCGUGAAGAAUCGAACCUCGGAUUUUAGCGUUGUAAGCCCGUAAAAUUAUCGCUAACCCACCAGGGAGACCAAAUAGUAGUAGUAGUAGUUGUUUUUUAAAUGCAAAGAUACACAAUAGACUAUUCGCACUCUGUCUAACGCGGGGAAUUUUAACCUCGGGUUUUAGCGUUGUAAGAAAGAAACAGAAAUUGGGAUCUUAACUUUUCAGAUAGCUUUCUGUGGCCUCUAAUGAGUCUUGAACCUGACUAUAUUGUGGAACGGAUUACUUCAACAUUAGGCCUAUUU